UGGUCCUCUAAUUUUAUCAGGUCCCAUAUAUCCUGGCAUUUACUGAGUUACAACUUACGGCGUCCACUCUCAGCUGUAUGGAAGGGUUGUCCUAGCCGCAAAUAUUGGUAUUGGUUGCGAUGGUCCACAUCAAUGACAAGAAGUUUGCCUGCGAGUCCUGCAUCAAAGGACAUCGAUCCUCUUCUUGUCAUCACUCUGAACGACCGUUAUUUGAAGUAAAGAAGAAAGGCCGCCCGGUAUCGCAGUGUAAAACAUGCCGCGAACUGCGGAACUCAAAGCGAGUCCACUCAAAGUGCACCUGUAACCCUAGGGAGGUAGUCGACAAAAUCCCUAUACCAGCAGCUCGCCCUGACAGGAAACCGAAACGCUUCAUGCCCACGGUACCUACACUGCCGAAUGGAAUAUCAGAUGCCUUGUUAGCCUCGUCUUCCUCGCAGCCUGCGAAUACAAGACAGACAGUUGAUUCAUUGCUCAACCCUUGCCAUUGUGAGAAUGUUCGGCAGUGCCUGGGACGCUGCCGAUCUAUACCUCUUAGAGGUUUUCCAGCAUCUGCAACUGAAUCAUCUCCAAACGGUCUAGCCAUGCUCGCCAACGCGGCUGCACUAAUCUGUGGGGAUACCGUAUCGUGUCCAACGACGCAACGCUCCGAAAAAUCUUCUGUAUCUUCGAAGUCGUGCUGUACUAAAGACGCCCAAACAGCAGUCGUUCCCUCAGUCCAUUCUGACCUCCCCCCCGUCCAUAUUCACACUCUUACGUCGUCGCCACCUUCGUCUUCGAUGAUUGUACCAGAUUUUCCCACAAUACCUCCAUUCAGCGCUUUGAACUCAAUCGCCGGGUCUGGGUGCACCUGCGGACUUCGGUGCGCUUGUCCAGGCUGCGUGGAGCAUCGUGGGCCUAUCCAUGCUUUGAAGGAGCACAAAGAUUGUGCUGAUGGGUGUACCCACUGUGUCGACCACUCAGCAGGCAUUGAGCUUCCAACUUUAGGGCAAGGAGCUAGUGGAAACAGCAUGAUCGACCAAUUUUUCGCACGGGCCGCGUCCCUACCCAUUCCUCCUGCGAAUCGUAAAGUUGGGGUUGAGAUCGAUCCAACGGACAUUACAGUCUAUCCUGCCGACCUUUUUUCAAAGUCAAACAAAAAAUGCGAGGACCGAGGUGCAGUAUUCGGACUAGUCACCGUGCCGAAGCUUGCACGUUGUGGAGGGCGGUGUGGUUGUCCAUCCGACGGCUGUGGAUGUGGACAAUCUUGUGAUGAUUGUCUUGAUGUCGAACAAGUUCACAACCGGUCAGAGUCUGUUAGCUAACGGGAAUUUUUAUGCAUUGAAUUUUGGGCGU